GUUUUAAAAAAUGGCUGAAGAUGGCAGUGAGGAGAUUAUAUUUAUUUGGUGUGAGGACUGUGGGCAGUACCAUGAUUCAGAGUGUCCUGAGCUGGGCCCAGUGGUGACAGUCAAAGACUCCUUUGUAUUGAGCAGGGCAAGAUCAUCUCUGCCUUCUAAUUUGGAGAUAAGACAGCUGGAGGAUGGGACUGAGGGAGUGUUUGCUCUGACUCAGCUGGUGAAACGUACCCAGUUUGGCCCCUUUGAAUCCAAGAGAGUUCUCAAGCUGGAGGAAGAAUCAGUUUUUCCCCUGAAGGUGUUCCAGAAGGAAGGGCCCCUGGUGUAUUUUGACACCACAAACGAAGAUGAUUGCAACUGGAUGAUGAUGGUGCGCCCAGCCACCGAGUAUGAGCAUCAAAACUUAACUGCCUUCCAGCAUGACAAUGACAUUUACUUCACCACCUGCCAGGACAUCCCCCCGGGAACUGAGCUGCGAGUGUGGUAUGCAGCUUUUUACGCCAAAAAAAUGGAAAAGCCAGUGCUGAAGCAGGUCACUAGUGUUGCCAAUGAUACAUCCUUGGCAGCAAUGGAAUCUGAUAAAGAGGGGAAUAAUAAGGUCUCUUCAAAACCAUCAUCUGCUGUCUUACCCCAUAAAAAACCCAAGAAAUCCAGCAUACUAGCAGCUGAUCCAGCAGUGAACACUCCAGAAGGCAGUGGAACAGCAGAAGCAAAGCCCAACCAGUGGACGUGUAAAGUGUGUUCAUCUGCUUUCCAAGAGCCCCAGCUGCUGACAGAGCACUUGCUGAGUCACCUGGAACAAACCAAAGGUGCCCCCCCAAGCAGCCAAAAGGAUGCUGAGACAGGAGAGAAAGCAGCAGAGGCUGUGCCAGCAGAUCAGCCAGUGGCAAGUGAUGCAGCCAGUGCCAGCACAGACUCGAGGAGAAAGGCCAGGAGGGGAAGAAAAGCCAAAACAGCAAAAGUAGAAACACCUCUUGUCAUUGAUGAAGAGAAAGAUUCUGCAGUGGAACGUGUGGCUGACACUGUCACUGAGGUCCCUCCAGAGGAGGUGGCCCUUCCUCCAGCUCCAGAAGAGAGGAUUAUGGAUCUGGUUUUAGGAAAGAUGCCCAGCACCACAAACAGCAUCAGCUCUGUGACAAAGUUUGCUCAUCACCAAAACACCAUGUCCCUGAAAAGGAGUUUAAUUCUCUCCAGUAGACACGGGAUUCGGAGGAAGCUGAUAAAGCAGCUGGGGGAGCACAAGAGGGUCUAUCAGUGCAGCAUCUGCAGUAAGAUCUUCCAGAACAGCAGCAACCUCAGCAGGCACAUCCGUUCUCACGGUGACAAACUCUUUAAAUGUGAGGAAUGUGCAAAGCUGUUCAGCAGGAAGGAGAGCUUGAAGCAGCACGUGUCAUACAAGCACAGCAGGAAUGAAGUGGACAGUGAGUACAGAUACAAGUGCACGACGUGUGAAAAGGCCUUUCGGAUAGAGAGUGCACUGGAAUUCCACAACUGCAGGACAGAUGACAAGACAUUCCAGUGUGAGAUGUGUUUCAGAUUCUUCUCUACGAACAGCAACCUUUCAAAACAUAAGAAAAAGCAUGGGGAUAAAAAGUUUGCAUGUGAGAUCUGCAAUAAGAUGUUCUACAGGAAGGAUGUCAUGCUGGACCAUCAAAGGCGGCACUUGGAAGGGGUGAGGCGUGUGAAGAGAGAAGACUUUGAGCACAGCACGGAGAACAUGGUUCGCUACAAGAAGGAGCCCUCGGGGUGCCCCGUGUGUGGGAAGGUGUUUUCAUGUAGGAGCAAUAUGAACAAACACCUUCUAACACAUGGAGACAAGAAAUACACGUGUGAGAUCUGUGGACGGAAAUUUUUCAGGGUGGAUGUGUUGAGAGAUCAUAUUCAUGUCCAUUUUAAGGACAUAGCCCUAAUGGAUGAUCACCAGAGGGAAGAGUUCAUUGGUAAAAUUGGAAUCUCAUCAGAGGAAAACGAUGACAACUCUGAUGAAAGUGCAGAUUCAGAGCCUCACAAGUAUAGCUGCAAAAGGUGCCAGCUGACCUUUGGCAGAGGGAAGGAGUACCUGAAGCACAUCAUGGACGUGCACAAGGAGAAGGGUUACGGCUGCAGCAUCUGCAACCGGCGCUUCGCCCUGAAGGCCACGUACCACGCGCACAUGGUCAUCCACAGGGAGAACCUGCCCGACCCCAACGUGCAGAAAUACAUCCAUCCAUGUGAAAUCUGUGGGAGGAUUUUUAACAGUAUAGGAAAUUUGGAAAGACAUAAGCUUAUACAUACAGGUGUAAAAAGUCAUGCUUGUGAGCAAUGUGGCAAAUCAUUUGCUAGAAAAGACAUGUUAAAAGAACAUAUGCGAGUCCAUGAUAAUAUCCGAGAAUACUUGUGUGCAGAGUGUGGCAAAGGAAUGAAGACAAAACAUGCCCUUCGUCACCACAUGAAGCUUCACAAGGGGAUUAAGGAGUACGAGUGCAAGGAAUGUCACCGGAAAUUUGCACAGAAAGUCAACAUGCUGAAACACUACAAGAGACACACAGGAAUCAAAGAUUUCAUGUGUGAGCUCUGUGGCAAGACAUUCAGUGAGAGAAAUACAAUGGAGACUCACAAGCUGAUUCAUACAGUAGGAAAACAGUGGACGUGUUCAGUGUGUGAUAAGAAGUAUGUCACUGAUUACAUGCUGCAGAAGCACAUCCAGCUCACCCAUGACAAGGUGGAAGCCCAGAGCUGUCAGCUGUGUGGGACAAAGGUUUCUACCAGGGCAUCCAUGAGUCGACACAUGAGGCGUAAACACCCAGAGAUUCUUUCAGUGAGGAUUGAUGAUUUAGAGCCACUGCCAGAGACCACGACCAUUGAUGCCUCUUCAAUUGGGAUUGUUCAGCCGGAAUUAGCCUUGGAACAGGGUGAGCUGCCAGAAGGGAAGCAGCCCAUAAAAGCUCCUAAACGUGGCCAGAAACAAAAACAAAAGUCAGGUGAGGAGGAGGAAGCUCAAGUGCCUGAGGACCCUGCCUUCAGUGAAUACACAGAGAAGGAAGGUGAAUUCACAGGGAAUGUUGGAGAUGAGACUAAUUCAGCUGUACAGAGCAUCCAACAGGUGGUGGUGACCCUCAGCGACCCAAACGUCACGGCCCCCUCCAGCUCCGUGGGGCUCACCAACAUCACGGUGACCCCCAUCACCACGGCAGCUGGCACCCAGUUCACCAACCUGCAGCCCGUGGCCGUGGGCCACCUGAGCCCCCCGGAGCGGCAGCUGCAGCUGGACAGCUCCAUCCUGACGGUCACCUUCGACACGGUCAGCGGCUCGGCCAUGCUGCACAACCGCCAGAGUGACAUUCAGCUCCCGCCGCAGCCCGAGGCGCCCAACCCCCAGUCCGUGGCCCAUUUCAUAAACCUGACCACCCUGGUGAACUCCAUUGCUCCCCUGGGCAGCCAGAUGCCAGAUCAGCACCCCCUGAGCUGGAGGUCAGUGCCCCAGACUGAUGUCCUGCAGCCCCCGGCGCCGGCCGCGCCGCAGCAGCCGGGCCAGCAGCCCGUCCAGACUGAGCAGCAGCAGCAGCAGAUGUACAGCUACUAAUUUAUACUGGGGCAAGUGCUGGCCUGGACACUACUCAGAGACACAAAAAAAAAACCACACAGACCUUUGGAAAAUUUCUAAUAGGAUUGUUUGCUGGAUACCAAACAGAGAUGGGAAAACGUUUAUACAAUGAAAUUUAAGCUGAAAUUGGCAGAUCACCCUGCAAUGCCCCAGUCUGAGAUUCUCACGCUGUCUCUAGACCUUGCACUGUCUUAAAAAAUAACAGGAAAAAAAAUGUCUCACCACGAAUUUUAGCAGCCCCUUGCAGUUGUGCAGUAAGAUUGAGAUUUGACAGGUGCAUCCUUACACACCCUAACCAAAGCAGAGAAAUCCCAGAUUUUGCAGCACUUGUGAUGUACAAAAACCCUUUUACUUCACUUUUCAUACCAUGUCACUUCUUUCCCUGUCUGGAAAUGACAUCUGAAGACCUUGUUCAGUGGGUCGAAUGUCCUUGUGUGUGGUCAGCUGGUAGAGACUGAAAUGUGAAGACACAAAGGGGCAAAACAAGAAGUGUCUUUGUUUCUUAUCUUCUUUAGGUCUUGUAUCUAACAACAUCAGUAAAGUAGGUGGAAUUUGGGGUUUUGGGGUGGGCAUGAGUGUGGUGUGGAAGAAAAUAUUACCAAUUAUUUCCAUUUUAGUCAUGGGGAAAACCCUGUACUCAUCAGACAGUGUUAGUGCUACUUGAGCCAGAGAGCUGAUCUAAUGCUGAGCAAACUUUUAUGGUCUUCUAGUCAAGUUUCAAUCAAACCAAUUACAAACUGAAAGAAGAAUGUGAUACAAUUUUAUGUAAUUUUUUAAACCUGCUCUUUGAAUCUUGCUUUUAGCUAGUAGGCCUGAAGAGCAAUCAGUCCCCUUUGAAAUUCAGGAUGUGAAUUUUUUUCAAUUAGACUUAUUUCAUCAUG